AUGUGUAGUGUUUGUAAUUGCUUUCUUUGACCGUGUGUUAGCCCAGACUGUUAUAAAACAGAAACAGAAUCAUUCAAAAAAAACAUUCAAAUAAAAUCAGGAGCCUAUGUAAAAUUUCCUAGAUGGCUAGGUAACUUCAAAAAGACCUCCAUUACUUAACUUCUUAGGUUUUGUUUCUAUUUUUAUUACUUCUUGAAAUCAGAACGUUUUCAUUUUUUGAUUAAGGCGCCUUUGGUUAAUUACUGUAGUCAGUCCGGCAGAUCAGUUGUGAUAUUGCUGUUUUAAUAUGCCUCGGGGUGUUAGACGGGUCAGCGCUCAUCAGGCAGUUGAAGGGUCUGAUUCUGUGGUCUGGGAAUCAGGCAAUGUUACGCGAAGUCUGGACGAGGAAUUGGAGACUUUAGAGCACCCUGCUAGGUUAGACGUAAAUUCGACUUUAAUGAUCAGCCGCGCUCCGUUACCAGCAAGUUCAGAGAUGCCGUUGCGCACAAACACGAUUGCAGUACCUCAUAAAAAAUACUUGAGAAAUGGAAGACAGUGGCCAGCCAGAAUAUUUUCAAUGAUUUGUUGUUUAGUUAUAUUUUCCGCCAUUGCAUUCCUCUUGGCGAUCUUCUAUGUUAUUUUAAAAGACUUGCGUUCAGAGACGUUAACAACUGAAGACGGCACAGAGAUAAACCUGUUAGGGUUUUGGAGUUUGCUGAUUUUGUCUGUGAUAGCUGGGAUCUCAUGCUGCAGUUUCUCGUGGACCCUGACGUACUUCGAUUCUUUUGAGCCUGGCAUGUUCCCACCAACUCCUCUGUCCCCGGCUCGGUAUAGAAAACUAACAGGUCAUUCCUUUCACAUGGGCUACAGCAUGGCGAUACUAAAUGGAAUUGUGGCAGCGUUGACGGUAAUAUGGUGUCUGAUAUGAUGCCAUCAUCAGGAAAAGCUGUUUUUAAACUUAAAGGAUUUCUUUUUGAAGACUAAUUUAUAUUCUCUGAAAGUCUAGAACAGCCCCGUCUCCAACCCAAGUCAUAGAGAAUUUCAGUAUUUUUAGUUUUAUUGGAAUUAUCAACCAAUUUGUUUGAUAUCACAUUAAUAUUCACUGCUUAAACCAAGAAAUUCUGAAUGUUCUGAAAAACAGAAAGCCACAUGAUGGUGUCGCUGUCAUGGAUUAAGGCUGGAGAUCCCCUGUGUUUUUUAACUCUCUUUUUUACUGUGCUAGUGUCUGAUUUUGUACUCUUAUUUGUAAUGCAAACAAAGCUAAUAGUACAAUUUUUUAUUUAUAUUUUUAAAUUUGGAAUCACACAUUUUCUUUUAACAACUACAGUAAUUUGCCAAUAAUUGAUCUGUACCACAACUGAGAGAAAAAGCGCUCUGAAUUCUAAAUUCCGGCAUGUCUUUUGGGAUGCUCACUAUUCACACACAGUUCAGGCUCCAUACUGCCUUACCGGAGCUGAAAAGUGAUUGGGGAAGUAAUGUCUCCUGUCAAUGACACUGCAAGUUCACCACUGCCUGACAUGUUACAGGGGCGGCUGUAACAUGGCAAGCCCAACCCUAAUGGGACUUUGCCAGCUGUAUACCACUACUUGGUAAUUCUUUUCACAUUUAUCUAGUUCCAUUGCUUAUUUCCUGGUUUCCCACUAACAGGCUAUUUAAAUUUUCAGUGCUUUUCGUGCGCAUGAAAAUCCAACACUGAUGCAGCUAUUACAUUUAAAUGCACUGACUGCCAUUUUUGUAAAUUAUAUUUAUGUCUUCUUUUGAAUUGCUUAGCAUAGUAAACCAGGAAAUAAUAUUUUUUUCUACAUAAACAAAUAUUUGAAUUGGAUGUACAAAGUAAUUGUAAGCUAUAGGGUUCUUAAAAAUCACUAUUAUGAUUUUAUUAACUAAUAUCUCGCUUAGAAACACUGAAGCUUAAACACUUUAUUAUGUGUAAAACAUUUGGGGUUUUUUUCUUCAAGGUGUUCCUUCACUAUAAAAAGUAAUUCUGUUUCACUGGGUGCAUUCACAUUACCCUUCAGAUUAUAAAGUCUUUAAAAUAACUUGGAUCUUUACAGCAAAUAAGGUGUGUAUAGCAAAUUCACUUUCUGAAGCAUACUAAAAUAUAUGAAAAAAUAUAUAAAAAAUAUAUGAUUUUAGAAUUAAGAAAAUGUUGCAAUCUUGUUUUCAUUGAUUUCGUGCUUUUAUUUUUUUUCUUGAAAUAAUUGGACAUCUGUAAUCUAAGCUACAGAAAAUGGUGAUCUGUGUAUAGACGCUUUUAGUUUUUAGAUAAGGUUAAUGGGAAGGAAAAGAUAAGUAUCCUUUUUUUCUGUCCGUUUAAAUUUCAAUUGGUUUUUCAUGGGGAGUACAAAACAUUUCUUUGAUUUUUUUUAUUAUAAACACAACUGCAAAAUUCUGACAAAUAAGUUUAUAUUAAUAUCUUUAUGGAACAACUAAACUAAAAAGUAGAUGUUUAUGGAGUUCGUUUAUGUUUAUGGAGUCGUCAAGUUCAAUACAAGGCAACAUGGGUUUAUAAUUUGGUGAAUUGUUAAUAUCUGCUGUUUUUUGUUGCAUAUUAUUGUUCAAUGGGUAUUUUAUAUUAAAGGGUUUUUAAUGCCAUACUGUGUAUAAACUGUUUGAAUAUUACUGUACAUUUUGACUAAUAAAAUGUUUUCCAAGUU